AUGACUCGCAAGCUCCCGCAGUUUCCGCGGCAGAACGGUGCUAUCUACAAGGCCGAGCAAGUCCAUGAUCCGGAUCUGUCAGCUCAAGCAUACUUGUGGGCUGCAAUAGCAAACUUCUAUCACGGCCAGAGCGAAGUAGCACAAGGCUACCUAGAUAAAGCUGAUGGGCUGAAGAAAUACUUGAAGUGUAGUGCUAAUCAGAGGGUCCUCGGCCUCUGGGCUCAAUAUGGUGUAUUAACCAGGUCUGCUGACAGGAGGAUGGAAGGGUACAACAAGAGAUUUCAAACCGGGAAAGUCCAUCUUGGGAGGCAGAGAGCAUUGUGUACCGAAACGGCAAGCACUACAGGUUCUCAGAAAUACAAUCUCCUGAAAGUCAAGCCCUCGAACAACGUGAACGAUCUCCCUGACAUUGAUACAGACGGAGAAGUCAUGGGUGAAGAAACCGACUCUGAAACCGAUACCGAAACUGAUGAAGAAGCAGAAGUUGUUGAGGCAUAG